AUGGCGGCGAAGCCCCCGCCAGCACGACCGCAUAUUGGCUUGCACUCGUCUUUCAAUGCAAGAGCCAACACAGACUGGGGAGAAGACGAUGUUUGGGAUAGUGGAUCAGACUCAGAAUCACCUCGCCAGUCCACAAUCUCAAAUUCAUGGCGACCUUCUCCUUCCCCAUCAUUUAGACGCCAGCCAUCUCCGAUAACAGCGCCGAAACCAGUCCCUCGAGCCUCUAACAACUCAUCUUCCUCCAAUAUAUCAUUUUCAUACACUCACCUCAAUGCGCCCAGCCCUUCAAAUGCAGAUACCGUUCAACCAGCAAAGGGUGGAUGGACAAUGGUUAGAAAAUCUAGCGCUUCACAGGACGCUUUAGGUGGCAAGAUAUCAAAAGAUAUCGAUCCAAAUGGCGAUGCAGAUGUCGACAGCGAUAUAGUCGUAGGCGAUUUCGAGUCGGAAGUGGAGCAGACUACUGGCACUCGCACCAAAGCUAAACCAGACCAGGGCUCCAUCAAAUUUGACGCUAUCGAGCUUGUGAACGAUCCAUUUCACAGGUUUCUCCGUUCUCCUCGACCAUCGCCAGAACCGAGAACCCAUCAUAGGAUGAUGGGUCAUUCCCCACGAUCGAGUGAUGCUGAGAAACUCUUGCGGGAGAGUUCAAUUCGCACAAAUCGACGACUUAAAUUCAUUGAUUGUCUUAGCAAAGAUGAUGUUAACAUGAGCGAAUUACGUAAAUUAGCUUGGGCAGGUACUCCCAACGAUCUAAGACCUGUUGUCUGGCCGAUUCUUCUUGGAUACCUUCCAUUGCCAUCAAAUCUUCGAACUCCCACUCUUGCACGAAAGAGGGGAGAAUAUCUGUCAUUGGUCGAGUUAGCAUUCGCUAGGGAUCGCCAAGGUCUCGACCAACAAAUAUGGCAUCAAAUUGAGAUCGACGUCCCACGGACGAGACCCGGUGUACGUCUGUGGAUGCAGGCAUCCGCUCAACGUAGUCUCGAAAGAAUCCUUUAUGUCUGGGCAAUAAGACACCCAGCAAGUGGAUACGUUCAAGGCAUCAAUGACCUUGUUACCCCAUUUUUCCAGGUUUUUCUCUCUGCUUACAUUGAUUCUGACCCAGAAGAGUUUGAUACCUCUCUGCUCCCGACAGCUGUCUUGAAUGCUGUCGAGGCAGAUUCGUUUUGGUGCCUGUCACGUUUGUUGGACGGCAUUCAGGACAAUUACAUCUCAGCACAACCUGGCAUUCACCGAAGUGUCAAGCGCAUGGCCGAGCUUGUUGCACGUAUUGAUGCUCCACUGUAUGCACACCUCGAGUCGCAAAAUGUUGAAUUCAUGCAAUUUGCUUUCCGCUGGAUGAACUGCCUUCUGAUGCGAGAAAUCAGUGUGAAAAACACGAUCCGCAUGUGGGACACGUAUCUGGCUGAAGGGGCAGAUGCAUUCUCUCAGUUCCACCUUUACGUGUGCUCCGCAUUCCUCGUCAAGUGGAGCGAAAAGCUCCGGCAAAUGGACUUCCAGGGUAUUAUCAUGUUCCUGCAAUCCCUCCCGACGCAGGACUGGGGAGACCACGAGAUCGAGAUGCUCCUCAGCGAAGCUUUCGUGCUCAACUCAAUAUGGCACAACGCUCAAAGUCAUUUUAAUGCUAAAUAGCUAUCUUAUCCAUACUCCAACGGUGCAGCGUACGUGUAAGAUGUGGUCUGAAGUAACUAUAAUGCGAAGGGAAAGGGGGAGGGCUGUUCGAGUCUUCAACCACUCGAAGAGAAGCACUAUGAGCCCUUGUCAGAAAUGCACGCAACUAUGCUAGAUGAUGCUGUGAGCAAAGAAAAACGGAAAAUGUGCAAUGUAUAAGCGAAGGUAUGCGA